GCAACUAAUGCUGCAAUGCCUGAACCUACCAAGUCCGCUCCCGCCCCGAAAAAGGGCUCCAAGAAGGCGGUGACCAAGGCGCAGAAGAAGGACGGCAAGAAGCGCAAGCGCAGCCGCAAGGAGAGCUACUCCGUGUACGUGUACAAGGUGCUGAAGCAGGUCCACCCCGACACCGGCAUCUCCUCCAAGGCCAUGGGCAUCAUGAACUCCUUCGUCAACGACAUCUUCGAGCGCAUCGCGGGCGAGGCUUCCCGCCUGGCGCAUUACAACAAGCGCUCGACCAUCACCUCCAGGGAGAUCCAGACGGCCGUGCGCCUGCUGCUGCCGGGGGAGCUGGCCAAGCACGCGGUGUCCGAGGGUACUAAGGCCGUCACCAAGUACACCAGCUCCAAGUAACUUUGCCAAAUGCCCCUGAGUACCGAGGACUGGAGAAGGUAGAAGGGGAAAGAAAACCCCUUUCUGGAAGGAUGUAGCUUCUCCUGCACAAGGUAGGAUGAUGACAAAAGGUUUUCACUGCUUUGGAAAUGGAUGAUUGUGGGAGGAAAAGGAUCUCGGAAAGAGGGGAGGGAACUGGGAGGGAGUGGCUAGAAGGAAAGGAACAAUACUUCUGACAAGAAAAUUGUGAGAUGGAUGAAGCUAGGUUUGGAGUCAAGUGGUGGCUGAGAUGGAGUGGUGGUGGGUGAUCAUUGUGUACAAGGGGAAUGAAUUUAGAAUUUCUAAUGACCUCAUGCCCUCCUAAACAUGAAAUCAUGGAUUACGAGAUAACGUUUUCCAUAGUGUGUGGCAAGCUUGGUACCUGGAUGGAUAACUUAAAAGCCUGAAUAAUAUUUUCCGAAUUCUUAAAAACAACGAAGAGAGUCUAAGAAAGUAAAGAAUUCAGGGACUUGGCGCGUGUUAAACCCCAAGCACUACAGCUGGCUUUUACCCAAGCCUUAACUUUCAUUUUAAGGGUGUUAUAUGGAAACUGAUCACGGUGUAGAGCCUGAAAAGAAAUCUUUUUAGGUGAAUGUGAGAAAUUAGACCAAAAUCUGUCACUUUGGGGUAGGAGGGUGAACUGGAAAUAAACACACAAAUCCAUCACAGGUGAAUGCAAAUCAAAGUCAACUCUGAAGCUGGGUUCUAAGCAGUAUAGAUUCCACUACUAAGGCUUGGACUAUAAGCCAUUCUUGAUGCUUACUUGUUCCUGGUAUUCCUACCAUAGAGAUUCAAACAUACAAGCUGAGAAUUUAAUUUAGACACAUUCCAGACUGGUUUUGUGCCCCUGAGCACCUGGUAGAAACAAACACAAGUCAUCUAUGGAAAACAAGCUUCAUUUUACACCUCAACAAAUUGCCACAACUAAAAUAUUCCCCCAAAAAUGCACAAGCAGCUUCACAAUGAAAAUUAACCAAACACCUUGAAACCAGAAGUAUGACCAAUGAAAACAAGAGCAACAAACAAUGGAAGCUGGGCGUGGUGGCUCAUGCCUGUAAUCCCAGCACUUUUGGAGGCCAAGGCUAGAGGAUUUUGAGACCAAAAGUUUGAGAUCUUGUCUCUGAAAAAAAAAAAAAAAAAAAAAGGCAACAAUGGAAAUAAAAGGAGUAAAAAAAGAGGAUUAACAAGAUAGACUUGAAAUGACUAACUUUAGUGUGAAAAAAGGAGAGUCUUAAGGAAAUACAAAAGUGACCACACAGAUUUGAAAAAAGAACUUUUUAAACUUUAUUUGAGACAGUGUCUUGCUGAAUAACCCAGGCUGGAAUGCAGUGAUGUGAUCAUAGCUCACUGCACUUGGAAUUCCUCAGCUCAAGGAAUCCUGCCUCAGACUCCCAAGUAGCUGGGACUACCACUGUGAGCCACUUCAUCUGGCACAUUAUUCAUUAUAAGCAAGUCUGCCUUUGCAUCAUCAAAACAAAACAAAA